CUGGUACCGGCGCUCCCAAGUACAGAUGACACUCACACAUACAGCGCUCGAUAAGCGAUUUUGGAGGAGCGGUGGUACUAAGGAUAUAAUGAGCGAAACAGAGCCUCUUGAUGGAUCCUUUGUUGACUGCAGUUUACUCGACGGAUCUCUCCUAGAUGUGUCUACAGAAGAAACAGUAAAUACAGUAACUGAUGUAACAGAACAGCACUUAACCGUCAAUCACCACCAGUGUCAAAUAUGUGAAAACGUUUAUAAACGUAAAGACAGUCUUACCAGACAUAUGAAGAUUCACCAAGAACAUGUAUUUUUUAUUUGUUCUAAAUGCACCACGUUCUUUGACAAUGAAACAGCCUUGGCUACACAUAAAAGUCAAAAGCAUGCGGACAAUUAUUUAUGUGUCCAGUGCGGGAAAUGCUAUUCGUCCAAACAGGUUAUGGAACGCCACGCAGCAACACAUGACGAUUCGUCAAAGGCUAAUCAAUGCCCUGUUUGUGACAAAACACUUUCCGACAAAAUAAGACUAAAGGCACAUAUGAAUAUGAAUCAAGGAAUAAAGCCAUUCGCUUGUCCCACCUGCAACCGGAAGUAUAGGUGCAAGUAUGAGAAAAAUAGACACCAGCUAAUAUGCAGUGGACAAAGAAAGUUAUGAAUCGGACUGGUUAGUUAUGUGUGGUAGAGAUAACACCAUCAAAAAUAGUCUGAUGUUGGAUUAAACAGUAGUUAAUAGAGCUAGUCAUUACGUCUGAUGUCUGCUCUUAAAUCGGAAUGACUCACAUCAAUUCCUGAGAGAGCCAAACAAGAACUCAUUAAUUGAUAAAUUCAUUGAAUUAAUAAGAUAUUAAAGUAGAACGUCUUUUGAACCUAACAGACAUUUUAACAAAAUUAUAUGGUGGCUGAUAUAUGCCAUUCCGUCUUUCCGCCAAUUUUGGGCGCCGAUUUAUAACGUAAAUAUCGACUUUUCGCCCAGCGCCCUCACUAAUUAUCAUGUUUUCAAUCUGCGCUCCCGCCCUUUCUUAUUCCUAGUAUUUUCUCUAUGGAGAAUCGCAGACCAAGGACCAAUUUAAUAUGUAAAUCGUCGGUGGAGCCGAGCGAAAACUGGCUGAUCAGUGGGCGCCGAGCAAGAAGUUGAGGUUUGGAAUGAAUCAGCCACCGUAAAAAUCUUCUAUUUGUCUGUUACUGAAUUUUAUAUCUAAUAAAACAAAUAAAAUAUUGUUCGUAACAAGUUCAACAUUUAUUAUACAUUCAGUGUAGACGUAUGGUAAGUUAAAAUUAAAAUUAAAAAAAGAAAAGAAAACUUGUCUGUCCGUUAUAAAUGAGUAAUCAAACACU